GCGCAGAACGUUUUCAUUGAGUUGACGGCUCGCCGUUUCCUAUCGAAGCAAUGGCAGGAGUGAAAGCUUCUCUGUUUUAUGGAGUCAUUGCUGCCUUAACGGGUAUAAAGGUGCUUGCCUUUGUGGAGGAUUUGGACGACACAUUUAAAGAGACCAGAGUCAAUGACAUCUGGUUGGUUGAUUUCUACGCUCCUUGGUGCGGCUACUGCAAAAAACUGGAGCCGGUGUGGCACGAUGUGGGCGCCGAGCUGAAACUAUCCGGGUCGCCGGUCCGUGUCGGCAAGAUGGACGCCACUGCUUACUCAGGAAUGGCGUCAGAGUUUGGCGUGCGCGGUUACCCCACCAUAAAACUAUUAAAGGGUGACCUGGCCUACAAUUACAAAGGUGCGAGGACAAAAGACGACAUAGUGGAAUUUGCCAAUCGGGUGGCCGGGCCGGCCGUUCGAGCCCUUCCUAGCAAGCAGAUGUUUGAGCAUAUGAUGAAGCGACACAACGUCCUCUUCCUGUACGUCGGCGGCGAGUCUCCCCUCAAAGAGAAGUACAACGACGUCGCCACUGAGCUCAUUGUCUAUACAUAUUUCUUCUCUGCCUCGGAGGACGUCCUGCCAGAGGUGACAAAUGAUCAAACGUCCGUAACCUUGCCGGAGUUGCCCGCGGUUAUCGUGUUCAAAGAUGGCGCCUACUUCACCUACGAUGAGUACGCUGAUGGCAGCCUGACCAGUUGGGUCAACAGAGAGCGCUUCCAAGGCUACCUGCAGAUUGACGGAUUUACGCUGUACGAGCUUGGAGAGACAGGCAAACUGGUGGUGAUUGCAAUCAUUGACGAGAAGGACCCCACCGAGGAGAGUGGCAGAUUAAAAGUGUUGAUUCAGACGGUUGCCAGGGAAUACAGAGAGCACUUUAGCAGAGAUUUCCAGUUUGGCCACAUGGAUGGGAACGACUACAUCAACAGCCUCAUCAUGGGCGAGGUGACGGUGCCUUCCAUUAUCGUCCUCAACACAGCCAACGAGCAGUACUUCCUGCCCAGUCAGCCGACUGAGACCGUGGAGCAGCUGGUCCAGUUCAUCAGCGGCGUUCUGAACGGUUCCGUGCCGGCUCAAGGAGGUGACGGCUUCAUCCAGAGGAUCAAGCGCGUGCUCUUUGAUGCCAGAUCCACUGUGAUGGAAUCAUCCAUCCAUCCAUCCAUCUUCUUCCGCUUAUCCGGGGUCGGGUCGCGGGGGCAGCAGCUUCAGGAGGGACUCCCAGACUUCCCUCUCCCCAGCCACGUCAUCUAGCUCAUCCCGGGGGAUCCCAAGGCGUUCCCAGGCCAGCUGAGAGACAUAGUCUCUCCAGCGCGUCCUGGGUCGUCCCCGGGGUCUCCUACCGGUGGGACAUGCCCGGAACACCUCCCCAGGGAGGCGUCCAGGAGGCAUCCUGAUGAUAUGCCCGAGCCACCUCAUCUGGCUCCUCUCUACGUGGAGGAGCAGCGGCUCUACUCCGAGUCUCUCCCGGAUGACCGAACUUCUCACCCUAUCUCUAAGGGAGAGCCCGGACAUCCUGCGGAGAAAACUCAUUUCGGCCGCUUGUAUCCGGGAUCUCGUUCUUUCAGUCACGACCCAUAGCUCGUGACCAUAGGUGAGGGUAGGAGCGUAAAUCGACCGGUAAAUUGAGAGCUUUGCCUUUUGGCUCAGCUCUCUCUUUACCACGACGGACCGGUACAAAGUCCGCAUUACUGCCGACGCUGCACCGAUCCGCCUGUCGAUCUCGCGCUCCAUCCUCCCCUCACUCGUGAACAAGACCCCAAGAUACUUAAACUCCUCCACUUGGGGCAGGAUCUCAUCCCCGAUCCGGAGAGGGCAUUCCACCCUUUUCCGAUCGAGGACCAUGGACUCGGAUUUGGAGGUGCUGACCCUCAUCCCGACCGCUUCACACUCGGCUGCGAACCGCUCCAGUGAGAGCUGGAGAUCACGGCCUGAAGAAGCCAACAGCACCACGUCGUCUGCAAAAAGCAGAGACGCGAUGCUGAGGUCCCCAAACCGGACACCCUCAACGCCUCGGCUGCGCCUAGAAAUUCUGUCCAUAAAAACUAUGAACAGAAUCGGUGACAAAGGGCAGCCUUGGCGGAGUCCAACCCUCACUGAGAACGAAUCCGACUUACUGCCGGAAAUGCGGACCAAACUCUGGCAUCGAUGAUACAGGGACCGAACCGCCCUUAUCAGUUGGCUCGGUACCCCGUACUCCCGAAGCACCCCCCAGAGAACCUCCCGAGGGACACGGUCGAACGCCUUCUCCAAGUCCACAAAACACAUGUGGACUGGUUGGGCGAACUCCCAUGCACCCUCGAGGAUCCUGCUGAGGGUGAAGAGCUGGUCCACUGUUCCACGGCCAGGACGAAAGCCACACUGUUCCUCCUGAAUCCGAGGUUCGACCUCCCGACGGACCCUCCUCUCCAGCACCCCUGAAUAGACCUUCCCAGGGAGGCUGAGGAGUGUAAUUCCCCUGUAAUUGGAACACACCCUCCGGUCCCCCUUCUUAAAGAGGGGAACCACCACCCCAGUCUGCCAAUCCAGAGGCACUGUCCCCGAUGUCCACGCGAUGCUGUAGAGACGUGUCAGCCAUGACAGCCCCACAACAUCCAGAGCCCUUAAGAAAUCCGGGCGGAUCUCAUCCACCCCCGGGGCCUUGCCACCGAGGAGUUUUUUAACUACCUCAGUGACUUCAACCCCAGAGAUUGGAGAGUCCGCCUCAGAGUCCCCAUGCCCUGCCUCCACAAUGGAAGGCGUGUCGGUGGAAUUGAGGAGGUCUUCGAAGUAUUCUCCCCACCGACACACGACGUCCCUAGUCGAGGUCAGCAGCACGCCAUCUCCACUGUAAACAGUGUUGACGUUGCACUGCUUCCCCCUCCUGAGACGCCGGAUGGUGGACCAGAAUUUCCUCGAAGCCGUCCGGAAGUCAUUCUCCAUGGCCUCGCCAAACUCCUCCCACGCCCGGGUUUUUGCCUCAGCAACCGCCGAAGCCGCGUUCCGCUUGGCCAUCCGGUACCUGUCAGCUGCCUCGGGAGUCCCGCAGGCCAAAACGGCCCGAUAGGACUCCUUCUUCAGCUUGACGGCAUCCCUUACCGCCGGUGUCCACCAGCGGGUUCGGGGAUUGCCGCCACGACAGGCACCAAUGACCUUACGGCCGCAGCUCCGGUCGGCCGCCUCAACAAUGGAGGCGCGGAACAAGGUCCACUCGGACUCAAUGUCCCCCGCCUCCCCCGGGACCUGGGAAAAGUUCUGCCGGAGGUGGGAGUUGAAGCUCUUCCUGACAGGGGAUUCCGCCAGACGUUCCCAGCAGACCCUCACAGAACGUUUGGGUCUGCCAGGUCGGACCGGCAUCUUCCCCCACCAUCGGAGCCAACCCACCACCAGGUGGUGAUCAGUUGACAGCUCCGCCCCUCUCUUCGCCCGAGUGUCCAAAACAUGCGGCCGCAAAUCCGAUGACACGACUACAAAGUCGAUCAUCGAACUGCGGCCUAGGGUGUCCUGGUGCCAAGUGCACACAUGGACACCCUUAUGUUUGAACAUGGUGUUCAUUAUAGAAAAUCCGUGUCGAGCACAGAAUUCCAAUAAUAGAACACCGCUCGGGUUCAGAUCGAGAGGGCUUGAACCGGAACCCAAACUGUGCGUGGAGGCAAGUCCGACUAUAUCUAGUCGGAACUUUUCUGCCUCGCACACCAGCUCGGGCUCCUUUCCAGCCAGAGAGGUGACAUUCCAUGUCCCAAGAGCCAGCUUCUGCAGCCGGGGAUCAGACCGCCAAGGUCCCUGCCUUUGGCCGCCGCCCAGCUCGCACUGCACCCGACCCCUUUGGCCCCUCCCACAGGUGGUGAGCCCAUGGGAAGGGGGACCCACAUUUCCUUUUCGGGCUUUGCCCGGCCGGGCCCCAUGGGCGCAGGCCCGGCCACCAGACGCUCGCCUUCGAGCCCCGCCUCCAGGCCUGGCUCCAGAGGGGGGCCCCGGUGACCCGCGUCCGGGCGAGGGAAAUCUGUUUCCAUAUCUCUUCUUCAUCAUAAGGGGCUUUUUGAGCCGUGCUUUGUCUGGCCCCUCACCUAGGACCCGUUUGCCAUGGGUGACCCUACCAGGAGCAUGAAGCCCCAGACAACAUGGCUCCUAGGAUCAUAGGGGCACGCAAACCCCUCCACCACGAUAAGGUGACGACUCAUGGAGGGGCUAAAGGAAUCAUGUCAGGGUAAAUAUUUUCACAUUCACUUUAAAAUAGAAUAAAUGGUGAACCAAAGCGUAUUAAAUCAAAGCACUAAGUACAAACUGGCCUAAAAGUGUGGCAGAUUGCGUCAGUUAUUUUGAGACAUUGUACAAUAGCGGCGAACAAAGUCGAGCGCGUCCCUCCCAAUAUGUUGUGCUGCUUUGAAUUCCCAAAUACAGACGCCGGCGUGGCCGCAAGAGAUAAACACAACGGCUUCUCGAAACUGAACCGUCCCAAACCUGUUCACAAGGUUCCCGCCGCGUUAUCUGAACUAACUCUUUGGCAAGCACGCGCACGCUACAUUAGCAUUGGCGACUUGUUUGUGUGUCACAGUGUUGCAUUGUGUCACCUCUGCGGGAGCGCUAUUUGGCGCGUUCGCAUCACUCGCCACGCCAAAAUGAAUCUUUGAGCUGUGAAAUUGCUCGCCAUGCGUAAUAAUGAGCUGUCGCACGUUGCGCCCGGCGCCAAGCCGGUAAUAGCAAGGCCGCGGUGAACUGAACUUAUCUUCCUUUUCUCAUUCAUCCCGUUGUGGAUGCUUAUGUUCUAUGAAGAUGUUUUAGUUUCUCUCAACCAUGCUACUUAAAUGCAAGUAGAAAGUGAACCAAACUGAAUUGUGAAUUAAAGUGUUGAGCGGAAACAGCUAAAUUGGAACAAAGCCAAAGGGUGAAUUGCUUCUUUACGAUGCAAAUGUGACAAAAUGCAAACUGUGAAGCAGUUCACUAAGGCAAUAAAUCAUUCCGGGCUAUAAAUUGCUUUACGACAUCAAAA